AUGCUGCGAGGGUACCAAAGGGCCCUGGGGGGCCCCCUAGGGGCCCAGGGGCCCCCAACCAGCAAUCGAUUGUCUCUCUUUUCGGCUCUCCACUUUGUUAAGGGGGCCCCUAGGGGGCCCCCGAGGCCCUCCAGUGAGCCUCAGGGGGCCCCCCUGUGGCUUCAGGGGGCCCCCGUGGGGCUUAUGAGGGCCCCUAAGGGGCCCAGGGGGGCCCCCCUGGGGCUCCAGGGGGCCCCCCUGGGGCUUCAGGGGGCCCCCCUGGGGCUUCAGGAGGCCCCUAGGGGGCCUCAAGGGGCCCCCCUGGGGCUCAUGGGGGCCCCUAUGGGGCCUCAAGGGGCCCCUAGGGGGCCUCAGGGGGCCCCGGGGGCCCCCCUAAAGGGCCGAGGCUGCAGCCAAAGGGAGGCAUGGGGGGGCCCCAGGGGGGCCCCCCAGAGCUGCUUAGAAGGAGACCCUUCGAACUGCUGCAAAUCAGCAAAGGUUGGGGGGCCCCUAAGAGCCAGUGCAGCAGCAACUGCAGCAGCAGCAGCAGCAGCAGACCGGCAGCUGGGCUCGUACAGCCGUGUCGGUACCGUGCAGCAGCAGCAGCAGCAACAGCAGCAACAGCAGCAACAACCACAGCAGCUACAGCAGCAGCAGCAGCAGCAGCAACAGCAGCAGCAGCGGCUGCAGAGGCUCUAG